AUGCACCAGGACCGGCACGCACCAGGACCAGCACGCACCAGGACCAGCACGCCCAGCAGGCGCCAGGACCAGCACCGGCACGCACGAGGAGCAGCACGCAGAGCAAGAAGAGACCUGCAGAGCCCACAUACCACGCCCCGUAAAGCUGAGUAUGCAGCUGCAUUGGCGUGGCGCAUCAGGCCCCAGCCCAAGCGGCCCAGCGGACCCGGCCCAGCGGAGCAGCGGACCCGCCCAGCGGAGCAGCGGACCCGGCCCAGCGGAGCAGCGGACCCGGCCCAGCGGACCAGGCCCAGCCCAAGCCCCAGCAGAGCGGAGCAGUGCGCGCCAGGCCCAGCCCGAGCCCCAGCAGAGCGGAGCAGUGCGCGCCAGGCCCAGCCCGAGCCCCAGCAGAGCAGAGCAGUGCGCGCCAGGCCCAGCCCGAGCCCCAGCAGAGCGAAGCAGUGCGCGCCAGGCCCAGCCCGGGCCCCAGCAGAGAGCGGCCCCAGCACCCUUUUUUUGACCAGGCCUUAA